AUGGAAUGCGGCGACACACCUGCUGAUAGUCCUUCUCUUUCGGACGAUGAAGCAGAUUACGAUUAUGAUGACUUUUACUGUAAUGGAGAAAAUUGUACUAUGGAGAUGUUCGAAAAAGAAGAUCCAGAACACAUUGAAUAUGCAUGUCUAAAAGUUCCGGAGGUCGAACAUCUCUUAGAAGAAACUGUGAAUCAUGUCGUUUCAACCUUAAAUGUAUCAUCUUCACUUGCCAAACUGCUCCUCUACUUUUACAAGUGGGACGACUCCACUUUAAUCAAAUUGUACAGCGUUGAUCCAUGUAAAAUUCUUGUCGAUUGCUUUGUGUGCACUGGUUCUUCAGAGCAACAAUCAGACGCAAUAAGCUGUGUGGUUUGUACAAGGUUACGAGGGGAAUGUACCAAAAUGUAUGCACUGGACUGUGGGCAUAGUUUUUGUUCAGUCUGCUGGCUGAAAUAUAUUGAAACUCAGCUUUGUAAUGGCUUAUCAAUCACGAUCGGCUGCAUGGCAAGUGGAUGUACAUUAAUUUGUUUGGAAGAUUUUGUACUAAGGAUAUUGAACGAACGCACAGAAAUAAAAGAUAAAUAUGCAAGGUUGAUGUUCAAAAACUGUGUUGAAUCGCAUUCACAGUUGCGAUUUUGUCCGGGUGUUGACUGUCAUGUCGUAAUCAAAGCACAGUGUCAAAAAGCAAAGAAAGUUACUUGCACCAGUUGCCGAAUUUCUUUUUGUUUUCAAUGCGGUUGUGAUUACCACGCACCGACCUCUUGCGAAACAAUACGGAAAUGGUUAACAAAGUGUGCUGAUGACAGUGAAACUGCCAAUUAUAUAAGUGCACAUACAAAGGAUUGUCCCAACUGCCACUCAUGUAUCGAAAAAAAACGGUGGGUGCAAUCAUAUGCAGUGCGCCAAGUGCAAGCAUCACUUUUGUUGGAUGUGCUUUGGAGUCGUUAUAAAGAAAAUCCAUCCAUAGCCCAGGAAGCAAAUCAUGUCAAAGCCCGUCGUGCACUUGAAAAAUACUUACAUUAUUAUGAGCGGUAUGAGAAUCACCACAAAUCGUUAAAGUUGGAAGAGGAUUUACGGAAUUGUAUAAUGAAAAAAAUCGAUGAAAAAGUGAAUGGGCAUGAAGGGACAUGGAUUGAUUGGCAGUAUUUGCAUAGAGCAGCCACACUGCUUACAAAAUGUCGUUACACAUUGCAGUAUACUUAUCCAUAUGCAUAUUAUAUGGAAAAUGGACCAAGAAAACAGUUGUUUGAAUAUCAACAAGCCCAGUUGGAGAAAGAGAUUGAAGAAUUAUCCUGGAAAGUUGAGAGGGCAGAAAGUACGGAGCGAGGCGAUCUGGAAACACAAAUGCAUGUGGCAGAAUGUAAACGACGUACGCUUCUGCAGGAUUUCUUUGACUGA